CCCGUUCGUAUCGACUUGGUGAUACACGCUUUCGUUCCUUCAAGAUGCGCUUCCUCCCCUGCAUUGCGACCUUGGCGGCCACGGCUUCUGCCCUCGCUAUUGGAGACCAUGUCCGCUCGGACGAUCGUUAUGUCCUAGAGUUGGCCCCGGGAGAAACGAAAGUUGUUACGGAAGCAGAGAAAUGGGCUCUGAGAGCGGAGGGCAAGCGUUUUCUCGACAUAACCGGACGGACCAGUAGCCUGGAUCUUGCAUCGAACAAGAAGCAAAAGGUCGCGGUUACAUAUCCCGAUUCCGUGCAACAUAACGAGACUGUGCAAAAUUUGAUCAAGUCGCUCGACAAAAAGAACUUCGAAACCGUUCUCCAGCCGUUCUCGGAGUUCCACAAUCGCUAUUACAAGAGCGACAAUGGUAAAAAAUCAUCCGAGUGGCUGCAAGGCAAGAUCCAGGAAAUCAUUUCCGCCAGCGGAGCGAAGGGAGUCACUGUGGAGCCUUUCAAACACUCUUUCCCGCAGUCGAGUCUGAUCGCGAAGAUCCCGGGCAAGAGUGACAAGGUCAUUGUGCUUGGAGCGCAUCAGGACUCGAUCAACCUCAAUUCGCCUUCCCAGGGCCGUGCACCAGGUGCUGAUGACGAUGGAUCUGGGGUUGUUACCAUUCUCGAAGCCUUCCGCGUUCUCCUAACGGACGAGAAGGUCGCAGCCGGCGAGGCUCCGAACACCGUUGAGUUCCACUUUUAUGCCGGAGAGGAGGGAGGUCUCCUGGGAAGUCAGGACAUCUUCGAACAGUACUCGCAAAAAAGCCGAGACGUGAAAGCCAUGCUCCAGCAGGAUAUGACAGGUUAUACCAAAGGCACCACUGAUGCUGGAAAGCCGGAGUCGAUCGGUAUCAUCAUCGAUAAUGUGGAUGAGAACCUGACCAAGUUCCUAAAGGUCAUUGUCGAUGCUUAUUGCACUAUCCCGACCGUCGAUUCGAAAUGUGGAUAUGGAUGCUCCGAUCAUGCUUCUGCUACGAAGUAUGGCUAUCCUGCCGCAUUUGCGUUCGAGUCAGCCUUUGGCGACGACAGCCCGUACAUUCACUCGGCCGAUGAUACGAUUGAUACCGUCAAUUUUGACCAUGUGUUGCAACACGGCAGACUGACUCUUGGAUUUGCAUAUGAACUUGCCUUCGCAGAUUCGUUGUAAGGCUUAUGAUGACGGGUGUAUGAGC